CUCCCAUUCUAGUAGCAGUGCUUUCGGUGCCAACGCACAUCAUGAGCACGCUGCUCAUAUUUUGCAGUUAGGCUUCAUUAUUCAGGAUAGUAGGAAACUUAAGGCAGAUUUCUACUCUUAUUACGCCUGAAGCUAUGUAGUCUAAGAUUGCCGAAUAAAGUUGUAGAGCUUGCUAUGUCUCUUGCAAUUUAAAAUCAUAUGGGAAAAAGGAAGGAAGUGCUAACUGCAUAUAAUUACAUAACCUUCUGAACAUAACUUUGUUUAUUGGAUUUGUGCCAAAAGGAAUUAAAGUCAGUGUAGAGUUACACCCAUCACCUCACUUUUAUUUGCAGAGCUUUUCAUUCACAUGCCUAGUCAGUCAGUCAUUCCAUGGACUGUUUUGAGCACCGCUGUUUGCCAGACACUGUAUUAGGCCCCGGAAAUAAACAGAGUAAGACAGUUCCUGGGUCACAGGGCUUAGAGUCUAGCAGGGAAGGUAGGUAAGGAAAGUGGUGUAAUUGCGGUAGCACAAAAAUGAGGAAUUGGUGAACUGGGAGCCCCCAGACCGAAGUGGUCAGGGAGGCUAUGCCAAGGGUGCUGACUGAGCGAUGAUGCAGUACUCCCUGUUCCCACGCACAGGGGGUAGGCUGAGGCAUGAAGCUGUGUGGUUUGUCAGAGGGACUGACACAAACCAUGGAAGAGUGCUUAGAGGAUGGAGGUUGGCAGGGCGCAGCCAAUGGAAGGUUUUGUAUGCCAUGCAGAAGAACGUGGAAUUAAGGAUUUUGUUCUCUAAAUGUAAAGACAGAUCUUACCCGAUGGAUCUGCCAGUUGCUAGUGUUGUUAUUUGUUUCUACAACGAAGCCUUGUCUGCCUUGCUCCGGACAGUGCACAGCGUCCUAGACCGCACGCCAGCCCGGCUUCUUCAUGAAAUCGUUCUUGUGGAUGAUAACAGUGACUUCGAUGAUUUGAAAGGAGAACUAGAUGAAUAUGUCCAAAAAUACCUCCCUGGAAAAGUUAAAGUAAUAAGAAAUGCAAAGCGUGAGGGAUUGAUUCGAGGAAGAAUGAUUGGAGCAGCCCACUCUACAGGAGACGUCCUGGUGUUCCUGGACAGCCACUGUGAAGUGAAUGUGAUGUGGCUGCAGCCCUUGCUGGCUGCCGUCCAGCACGACCAGCGGACUGUGGUGUGCCCGGUGAUCGAUAUCAUCAGUGCAGACACGCUGGCCUACAGCUCAUCCCCGGUGGUGCGGGGAGGAUUCAACUGGGGGCUGCACUUCAAAUGGGAUCUCGUUCCCCUUUCUGAGCUUGGAAGGCCAGAAGGAGCAACUGCACCAAUAAAGUCACCCACAAUGGCUGGAGGAUUGUUUGCCAUGAACAGACACUAUUUCAAUGAACUUGGACAGUAUGACAGUGGCAUGGAUAUCUGGGGAGGAGAAAAUUUAGAAAUAUCAUUUCGGAUCUGGAUGUGCGGAGGGGGGCUCUUCAUCAUCCCUUGCUCCAGAGUCGGACACAUUUUCCGAAAAAGGCGACCAUAUGGGUCUCCUGAAGGCCAGGACACCAUGACACACAACUCCUUGAGGCUGGCACACGUUUGGCUGGAUGAAUAUAAGGAGCAGUAUUUUUCCUUAAGACCUGACCUGAGGACCAGAAGCUAUGGAAAUAUCAGUGAGCGUGUUGAGUUGAGGAAGAAAUUGGGUUGUAAAUCAUUUAAAUGGUAUUUGGAUAAUAUUUACCCAGAGAUGCAGAUAGCUGGACCCAAUGCCAAACCUCAGCAACCCAUUUUCAUCAAUAGAGGGCCCAAACGCCCCAAAGUCCUUCAGCGUGGAAGGCUCUACCACCUCCAGACCGGCAAGUGCCUAGCGGCGCAGGGCCGCCCAAGCCAGAAGGGAGGCCUUGUAGUGCUCAAGGCGUGUGACUAUGCUGACCCACACCAGAUCUGGAUUUAUAAUGAAGAGCAUGAGUUGGUUUUAAGCAAUCUCCUGUGCCUCGAUAUGCCAGAAACUCGCUCAUCAGACCCACCGCGACUCAUGAAGUGCCACGGGUCCGGAGGAUCCCAGCAGUGGACCUUUGGGAAGAACAGUCGGCUAUACCAGGUGUCAGCUGGACAGUGCCUGAGAGUGGUCGAUCCACUGAGUCCCAAAGGCUUUGUUGCUAUGGCAAUCUGUGAUGGCUCCUCCUCUCAGCAGUGGCACUUGGAAGGUUAAGGUGGAUGGCAUGGCUGGGGUGCUCAUGCAUCACGCUCUGCCCCCUCUGUAAGGUGUGUGUGGUGCUUGAGAAAGAACAUUGCUGGUGCAGGAGGACCUUGCACUGACUUCUUGACUGGGUGGAACCAUCUUAGAGAGGAUGAGCAUUUUCCUGUCCUCUAUGGAGACGCCUGGGAAGUACAGCAGAAAUAAGGCACAGAGGCACGAGAAGGUGGGGCGCUGAGUGAGCGUCGGGGGGUGAAGAGAUAAGUUUCACCAAGACGUUACGGGCACUUCUAAGCUGCUGUUGAGAUAUUCCUUACUUACAGUGGGAAACCGGAAUAUAGUAUUAACUCUAGGAAACUCACACUUCAGUCACUUAUUUAUGCUUCUUUUUAACUCCCUUUAAUAAAGGAAUGGCGUUUGUCUGA